AUGUCGUCGGUGUCGGCGCAGGGCGUGGUGGAGCGCGCGUCCGCCGAGCUGUCGCGGCGCAUCACCGGGCUGGGGCUGCGCGGCCGCAAGCGCUCGCCCGGCGUGGUGGAGCGCGUGGCCAGCGCGCUGUGCGGCCAGCCGCACGCCGCGCCCGCGCCCGCCGCCGCCCCCACCCCCGCCGCGCCCUCCCCGCCCCCGCCGCGCGCGCCGCGCCGCCGCCGCCCCGCGCCGCGCCCGCUGUACUGGCCGCAGUUCGUCCUCGACGACAGCUUCCUCCAAAACUUCUUCCUAUACUUCAACGCGAGCGAGCGGCGAACGCUGGCGCAGGUUUGCACCAAGUGGCGCGACCUGCUCUACUCCUCGCCGCGCUGGUGGAAUGGACUGAUCGCCGUGUUGGAUUGCCGUGAACUACGUUCCGCCUCCGGUUGCUGCAUGCAGAGGUUCUACAAUUCUAUAGUGAGAAGGGGUAUAAGGGGAGUUGUGCUCGUUUCCGCCACCGAUGACGACAUUAACGAAUUCAUAAGACAGUUUCCUCUUUCUGCUCAUCACAUACAUGCUAUCGCUUUGAAAGGAUGCACCAUAACCGAUCGGGGCCUGGAAGCUAUAUUAGAUCAUUUGCAGGUUCUGUUUGAAUUACAAUUAACAGGCUGCAAUGAAAUAACAGAAGCUGGUUUGUGGGCAUGUCUAACUCCGCGAAUAGUUUCACUCACGCUUACUGAUUGCAUUAACAUAGCUGAUGAAGCCGUAGGUGCAGUAGCGCAAUUGUUGCCAUCGCUUUAUGAAUUCUCGUUGCAAGCGUACCACGUGACAGACGCGGCGCUGGGCUACUUCUCCCCAAAGCAAAGCGCCUCGCUAAGCGUGCUAAGGCUUCAUAGCUGUUGGGAGCUUACGAAUCACGGCAUCGUUAAUAUUGUUCACUCGCUGCCAAAUCUAACGGUGCUGUCAUUGAGCGGCUGCAGUAAAGUGACAGACGAGGGUGUGGAGCUGCUAGCCGAGAAUUUGCCGCGGCUACGAAGCCUCGACCUCAGCUGGUGUCCUAGGGUCACUGAUAACGCUCUGGAGUACAUCGCCUGCGAUCUAAACCACCUGGAGGAGUUGACUCUCGAUAGAUGUGUGCAUAUAACGGAUAUAGGAGUUGGAUACAUUAGUACGAUGCAGUCACUUGUGGCGCUGUUCCUACGUUGGUGUUCACAGUUGCGUGACUUCGGUGUACAACACUUGUGUGGAAUGCGCUCUCUGCAACUCCUGUCAUUAGCAGGAUGUCCGCUGUUAACGUCAGGAGGUCUAUCAAGCCUUAUCCAGCUGCGUCAGUUACGAGAAUUGGAACUCACUAAUUGCCCUGGCGCUUCGCCGGAACUCUUUGACUACCUUCAUGAACACCUACCGAGAUGCCUCAUUAUAGAAUAA